CAUGGUUUUGUUUGCAUUUGUAGUAAGGCCAAGCAUGCAUCAAAUAAACAAUAAAUUAUUUCCAAACCCCUCCACACAUGAAAGGGUCCUACAAGUAGUCCCCUUUAGCUAUUUUCCUUUCCACCUCCUCUUCCUCAUAUUCCUUAUGAACAUCAUAAAUACCAACACUCCUCCCCCCUCAUUCAUUGCAAACACACACAACAGAACCCACAAUCCACAUCCAAACUGAAAAACAAAAAAAAGGUGACCCCAAUACUUUUAAGGAAAAAAAGAAGAUGAAGCUGCCUUCAAUCUUCAAGAACAAAGAAACAAACCCAACAUUAUUGAGGAAAUGGCAUCCAUGCAAACACCCAAAGACUCUGUCUUUCAGGAAGAAUGAUGACAUUUUCAAGACUGUCAACUCUGUUUACCUUGAUCCAUUGGAGAAUGGAACAGUUGAUAGAAAGGAGUCAUGGUUCACAAACUCAUCAGCAUCAGCCAGCUUCUCAACUGAACAAACAGGAGAAGAGGAGUCAGGGGAAGAUUCAGUGGAGACCAUAGUUCGUGGGGCCAGGUCAGAAGAGAGGUUGUUCUUUGAGCCUGGCCGUGGAACAACAAGUUCAAUCCUGGAAGAACCGAAGCCGGAACCGAAAAACAGCUGUGAAUUGUCUCCAUUGAAGGAGAGUGUGGCUCUGGCUAUGGAGUCCGAGGAUCCUUACUUGGAUUUCAAGAAAUCAAUGCAGGAAAUGGUGGAGACAAAUGGGGUGAAAGAUUGGGAGUCUUUGGAAGAGUUGCUUGGAUGGUACUUGAAGAUGAAUAAGAAGAUGAACCACGGUUUCAUUGUGGGAGCCUUCGUUGAUUUGCUACUUGGGAUGGCUGCAACUUCUUCUGAUGUUGAUGAUUCUUCAUUUUUGUCUGCUCCAUCAUCUUUUUGUUCUUCUCCUCUAACCUCAGUCGGCCCAAAAGAAAAUUGAUGCUUUUUCCUUGUAGGCUAUAAAUUAGUGUUUAAGCAACAGUAUGAUAAGGUGUAUGUAUAUAUUAGUCGGCCUAAAACAAAUAAUCAAUGCAUAAGAAAUGUG